GAACUGAUCUACUGUUGCCUUGCUCGCUCUCAGCUGGUUGCAGCGACCGACCACACAGCCGGACUCUCUCCGCUUCUUGUUUGAUACUUUUGGUGAACUUUAUCUCCAGUGUGCGCGGUGCGUUGCGCAUCAUUGCCAGUGAGGGUUUUUCGGGGAAACUUGCUGCUGCAAGAUGGACUGAAGCAACAACUCGGCAAAGUGUGGAUACUUUGGAGAAAAAGAAGAGUAUUUCUGUAGAGAGAGCCACCUUUCUGAGGGGUUGAAUUACCACCAUGGAAGAGGACGACGGGCAUCAUGAGAACGGGAUCCACGCCACCAAGGACUCGGACCGACAGCAGCGGCUCAGGCUUUGUGUUUUAAACGAAAUACUGAACACCGAGAGGGAUUAUGUUCGGACAUUGCUUUUCCUUCAGUCGGCAUUUUUGCACAGAAUCAAACAAACUGCAGAGGACCAGCAGUGUCUCUCACCUGAACAUGUCAAGAUUCUGUUUUCAAACAUUGAGGACAUCCUGGAGUUGCACAAAGAGGUGUUGUCAGCAGUGGAGGCCAGUCUGCAGCCCGAGCCUCAUCCUCAGCAAGCACUGGGUCAUGUGUUCCUCCAGUUUAGGGAGAGUUUCUCAGUGUAUGGCGAGUACUGCAGUAACCAUGAGAAGGCUUUGCGACUUCUCAUGGAGCUCAACAAAAUCCCCAACAUCAGGACCUUCCUGCUGCACUGUAUGCUACUCGGAGGGAAGAAAAGCACAGAUAUUCCCUUGGAGGGCUACCUUCUCACCCCCAUUCAGAGGAUCUGCAAGUACCCUCUGCUGCUGAAGGAGCUGCUGAAGCGAACCCCUAAGAAGCAUGCUGACUAUCCGGCAGUGGAAGAGGCUCUGCAGGCCAUGAAGGCUGUCUGCUCCAACAUCAACGAGACCAAGAGGCAGAUGGAGAAACUGGAGGCUCUUGAACAGCUGCAGUCCCACAUUGAGGGCUGGGAGGGAACCAACCUGACAGACAUCUGCACAGAGCUGCUGCUUCAUGGAAAUCUCCUCAAAAUCUCAGCAGGCAAUAUCCAGGAGCGUGUCUUCUUCCUGUUCGACAACCUUUUGGUCUACUGCAAGAGGAAGUCCAGGGUUUCUGGAAAGAAGUCCACCAAGAGGACCAAGUCUAUCAACGGGCCCCUCUAUGUGUUCAGAGGCCGAAUCAACACGGAGGUGAUGGAAGUGGAAAAUGUGGAAGAUGGAACAGCGGACUAUCACAGCAACAACUACACAGUGACUAAUGGCUGGAAGAUCCACAACACUGCUAAAAACAAGUGGUUCGUCUGCAUGGCCAAACACGCAGAGGACAAGCAGAAGUGGCUGGACGCCAUCUUGAGGGAACGGGAGCAGAGAGAGAGUCUGAAACUUGGAAUGGAGCGAGAUGCCUAUGUGAUGAUCGCAGAGAAGGGGGAGAAACUCUACCACAUGAUGAUGUCCAAGAGUCGGCACCUAAUUAAGGAUCGACGCAGGAAGCUCAGCAUUGUGCCCAAGUGCUUCAUGGGAAAUGAGUUUGUGUCAUGGCUGAUAGAGAGCGGAGAGAUCAGUAAGCCUGACGAAGGGGUCAACCUGGGACAAGCCUUGCUGGAAAAUGGCAUCAUUCACCAUGUGUCAGACAAGCACCAGUUCAAGAACGAGCAGGUGUUGUACCGUUUUCGCUACGACGAUGGCACUUAUAAGGCCCGCAGUGAGAUGGAGGACAUCAUGUCAAAGGGCGUCAGGCUGUACUGCCGCCUUCACAGCCUCCACACGCCUGUCAUCAAGGACAGAGACCACCACCUGAAAACCUUUAAAUCUGUGGUGCCCGCCAGCAAAUUGGUUGACUGGCUGCUCCUGCAGGGAGACUGCUCGACCCGGGAGGACGCCGUGAUGCUGGGUGUGGGGCUCUGCAACAAUGGCUUCAUGCAUCACGUCUUGGAGAAGAGCGAGUUCAAAGACGAGUCCCAGUUCUUCCGUUUCUAUGCGGACGAGGAAAUGGAGGGAACCAGUACUAAGAGCAAGCAGCUCCAGCGAAAUGACUUCAAACUCAUUGAAAACAUCCUUGCCAAGUCCCUGGUGAUUCACCCCGAGGAAGAGGACUACGGCUUUGAGAUCGAGGAGAAAAACAAGGCCAUUGUGGUGAAAUCUGUCACCAGGGGCUCACAUGCUGAGAUGGCCGGCCUGCAGGUGGGCAGGAAGAUCUACACCAUCAACGAGGACCUGCUGUUCCUCAGGCAAUUCUCGGAGGUGGAAACCAUGAUCAGCCAGUCCUUCUGCAUACGACGCUCCCUGCGGCUGCUGGUCGCCACGAAGGCCAAGGAGAUUGUGAAGAUCCCCGACAAUCCAGACAGUCUCUCCUUCAGACUCUGUGGCUCUGCCCCUCCCCAUGUCCACGCUGUUAGAAAAGGCUGGGAGGCGGCGGGGGCGGGUCUUCAGCCUGGCCAGGUCAUCCUGAAGGUCAACGGCAACAACGUAAACCACAGUGACUACCAAGAAGUCCUGGAGCACUUCACCGCACAGAACACACACCAGGAUUCUCCCCAAGCGUGUCAGUGGGUGUAUCGUGCAUUUGAGGAUGUGGAAGAGCUUCAAAGAGAAAGAGGUGCCAGUGAGAAGGAGGAGAGUCCGUUCAGUCCGUAUCCAGUGGAGAACGGCUCGGACCACGAGGAGGAGAACGGCACCAACGGAACAGACCACCGGCUGGGCAGACUGUCCCUCUGUGAUGAGCUGCCUCUCGUCAGCAUGACGGUAGAUAAUGUCCAUCUGGAGCACGGUGUGGUCUAUGAAUACGUCAGCACUGCAGGAAUCAAGAGCCACGUCCUGGAGAAGAUGGUGCAGCCCAAAGGCUGCUUCAGCCUCACUGCUAAGAUCCUGGAGGCGUUUUCUGGUGAUGACAGCCUGUUUGUUCGUAACUGCAGCCAGCUCAUCUCCCAGAGCGACCGAGUCGUCACCAUGCCUCAGUUCGAGUUCAGACAAAUCUGCGAGACCAAGCUGGGGAGUAUUGGACGGCGAAUCAGCAGCUACCAGCAGUUUUCUUCGGAGCUGAGGAACAAGGCUUGGCCGUCCUUCAGGCAGGCCGGGGCCCGACCUCACCAACUGGGCUGCAUGGACUUUGUUCCCACCAACUGCCACAUCAACUUCAUGCAGGUGUCUUACCCAAAGUGCACCACCAAUGCUGGCAGGACUUUCAGCAUCCGCUUCGGGCGCAAGAACUCCCUGUUCGGCCUGGAUCCCGACCAAGCACAACUGAACCCCAUGUCCCACACCCAGCACUGUGUCACAAGCAUGGGCGCUCCUUCCUGGAACUGCUCUGGCCUUGAAGGUGACGAUGCUGACGGCAGCCUGGAGGACAGCGUGGAUGGAAGCGAGGGGUUGAAUGACAGUCGGCGAAGCAACCACGGGGAAGGAGGUCUGAGCUUCCUGCUCAAACAGGAAGACACAGAGACCCAGGAUGCCUACAUUCACUUAUACAGCCGCCUGGAUGUUGCUGUCAGGGAGAUGAAGCAGUACGUCGCUCAGAUAGACGUCCUCUUGUCGUCUAUCACCGAGCCCACACAACUCCAAGGAGAGGGUGGGGAGCCUCCGGUGUACGAGCCCACUCAGCCGCCCUCUCUGGCCCCCUGCGAGGACGGCUGCGACCAGGACAAAGUGGAGCAGGGCGGCAUUAAAAGAGUCUGCUUCAAGGUGAACGAGGAGGACCAGGAGGACUCGGGUCAUGACACGAUGAGCUACAGAGACUCGUACAGCGAAUGCAACAGCAACAGAGAUUCAGUCCUGUCCUACACCAGUGUGCGAAGUAACAGCUCUUACCUGGGGAGUGAUGAGAUGGGAUCAGGAGAUGAGCUGCCCUGCGACAUGAGGAUUCCCUCGGACAAACAGGACAAGCUGCACGGCUGCCUCGAGCACCUUUUCAACCAGGUUGACUCCAUCAACAACCUGCUCAAAGGAUCUGUCAUGACCAAGGCCUGCGAGGAGACCAAGCACUUUUACUCUGACCACAGCCAACCAGAAUUCCGACAAACAGAAGAUUGGACGGUUCGUUGUCGUUAUAUUAUCCACAAAAACAUCCAGGAGGACCCUUGGAACCUGCCAAGCUCUAUCAAAACCCUGGUGGAGAGCCUGCAGAGAUUUGUGGAUGAUGGAAAGAACCAGCUUCUCCUGGCUCUGCUGAAGUGCACAGACACGUCUCUGCAGCUGCGGCGAGAUGUGAUCUUCUGCCAGGCGGCGACGGGCGCCCUGUGCACGCUGGCCGAGCAGCUGUUGGCGGCGCUGCGGUCGCGGUACAACAACGCCGGGGAGUACCAGGAAGACGGCAAGGAGACCAGUCGCAAGUGGCUGGAGCAGAUAUCCGUCAUAGGCGUGCUCAUGCACUUCCAGUCCACUCUAGCGCCACACCUGAAGGAGGAGCGCACCAUGCUGGAAGACACCAAGGCAGCCCUGUUGGACCUGGACAAAGUCACUGUGUUCUUCAGGCAACUGGAGGAUGAGUGUCUCGUCGCAAACACACCAGUGUGUUACCAGGUGGAGGGCAGCCGGCAGGCCCUGAGGGUCACCCUGUACUUGGACAGCUGUCACUUCAGUGAGCUGCCCAGUCGGCUGCAGAACGGAGGCAGCCUGAAGCUCCACACCGUCCUCUUCACCAGAGCCCUGGAGCGUCCGGAGGGAGUGUCCCAGCAGGACUACGCAGCCAUGGAGGAGUUCCAGCAGCGCACCAAUGCCGUCUCACUAGAGAAGGUCAAGGCCUACUACCGCAGACUCAGGGCUUUCUAUUUGGAGAAGUCCAAUCUCCCGACAGACUCAAACACCACAGCGAUGAAGAUAGACCAGAUACUGGGCCUUGAAGUUAGAGACCUCCAACCAAGCAUUUCAAAACUGCUGCGACCCCUCAACACGCUGGACGAUCUCUGUCGACUAAUGCAGUCCUACAUCAACAUGCGGCCGAGCGCCCAGGGCCACCCGUCAGGUGUCAGCGUGCUGUGUGUGUCCUCCGAGCUGUGCAACCGCCUGGGAGCCUGCCACAUCACCAUGUGUGGUACAGGCAUGCAGAGAUGUACCCUUAAUGUGACACUGGAGCAGUCGAUGAUCUUAGCCAGGAACCACGGUCUCAUGCCACGCUGCAUCAUGCAGACUAUGGAUAUAAUGCGCAAACAGGGGGCAAGAGUUGAGCUCUCUGCUAAAAAUCUUAAGGUAAUGGACCAGAUGCCUCCGUCAUUCCCAAGGCUCUUUAAGCUGUGUUUGCCACCCUCUGAUGGAGAACUCUAAAAAAAAAAAAAGACUUCAAAGAGCUCGUCGGAGAAAGGGUGAAUGUGAAACAGGAAGGCAUUAAUGAGAGAUGACAACAACUGAAGAGUUGCUUUCUUUCCAAGAGAAACUCCCAGUGGAAAGACCCCUGCCCCUCCCACUGCCCCAGUUACACAGGGAUCAUUCUACCACGGAUACCACUAGAGUCUUCAGUGCAGGCUAAACAAGACUGUACAAAAUGACUAAUGACAGAUACCAGGGAGUCUGAUGUAGCCUGAAGCUCCAGACUAGUCCUGUACUGUUAUGUAUACUGGGAAGCCACCCAGAUAGAAGUAUUAUUGCUUUGGCUGACACAAAGCUGACAUGAACGACUUAACUGGUGGUGAGUUUGAGGCCCUCACACAGAAGACAUCUGCUCCUAACCAGGCUCUUAUUAUUAUUAACUGGAUUAACCAAACUACCUAUAGCUGACUGUCAUCCUUAACGCAGAUGUUAUCCAUUUUUGCCUUGGACUGCAACUCCAGAGAGCUGUCUCUUUCUCUUUCUGUUUGGGCCGGUGUACCCCAGGGCGCUGUGUUUGGACCCCAAGUGAAGUAGAAUACUUGAAUACUCGUGGUAUUCGCGUGUGUUGGCUGGCUGAAUAGAUGCAGAAAGUCAAAAGAAUAGACAGAGAAGAUGGAAGUAGGGAUUGAGGGACUGAAGGACGAAAAGACGGAUGAUGGGGGUUGCUCUUAUUUUCAGCCCUUUGCAUGUGGUUACUGUGCAAUUACUGUAGGUUUAGUGUGAGUACUGUAUUACUGCACUAUAUGAAGGAUAGUUAUUUAUUGUGUCUGGAAGGAGCGUUUUUAUCCCUCACUUAUACUAUAUCAGGUAUUAAAGAAUCUAAAAGCAUUCCAGCCUACGUAUUUGAACAGUAUUUAAAGGACCAAUGGCAUGCCAUUUUUUUUAGACGUAACUGCUUGUGUAUUUUUAUUUAUAUGUGUGUGGACCCUGAUCACGUCAGGAAGUGUUACAUUGAUCUUCAGGGAGAGUGACGGAGGGAAGACAAGCAGAAUCAGGACAAAGGAAGCUAAAGCAAACCAUACAAGGCUGCUUGUCAAUAAGCAGCCACGUCAACAGAUUAAAUUAUUAAUAUAUUAAUUCAAAUGUACUAGUUUGGAAGGAUCGCCUUCUGUUAACUAAGACAUUCUUUUAAAUUGGUUUUUACAUUGUAUUUACUGUAGGUAUUAAAACAAGCACAAUGAUUGGUCCAGUGUUAGCAAAAAGUACUGUAAGCAGUUUUAAACAAAGGGAUCGUUUCAGGAUUGAAACACUUCAGUAACAUUAUUUUACUGCAGAUUUUAAUUUCUUGUACAUACAAACUGUAACAAUGUCAGAGAAAAAAAAUAUAGGAUAUGUCUGAGUACGCUAUAAAUUAAAUUGGAUUAUUUUUAUGGAGAUAAUAUAGUAUAUAAAACAUUUUGUAUUCAUGACUGUGCAUUUCAAAGAGAAGCUGCUUCUCUUUGCCAAGCGUAACCUAACUGACAACUUGAUGUUUUUUGACUGUUAAAAAGGUUCAACGUGCAUUUCAUGAAUCUGUCUCGACAUGCUGCAUUCAUUAGGCGGAUCACUUAGUCCUUCUUAUUUAUUUAAAAGCAGUCUAGCUCCAAACGAGCAUGUUGGAAUAGCCUCUAUAUGCAUCCCUCAGCACGAGCAUGGCCUCUGUAAAUUAACACCCCUCUGUUGGAAUAUAAGACCCAGCAAAUAUUUGCAUUGUUCUCAUUUCCCCUUAUCAAAAUUUGCUCUUAAUCGGAGCAGUGUACAUUGUUCAAAAACUCACCUAAUCUGGAUUUAAGUGUGUUUAAAUCUAAUCUAAUGACUGCAGCAUGUUGGUGUAGCUGGACAAACAAAUAUGUCACUGAUUACACAUUUAUUUACAUUAUUCUAAUGUUUCUGUACAUACUUUAUUUGCAAUUUUUUUUGUUGCUUGAAAAUAACUGUACAAAGGAUCUUUGUUGAGUCUUUCUAAAAUUAUCAUUGUAAAUGCAAUCUUAACAA